AUGAGCAGCGACACCAAAGAUACAGUCUGGCCGGACCAUCCUGUCCCUAACAGCGUCAAGAACCUGAUUCAUCGAUUCUUUGCGCUGCUGGACAGCCAGGAUACCAAUGUAGGGAACAUCUUGGCCGAUGAAAUCUUUACACCCGAUGCCCGCGCGCAAUUUGGCGGCCACGUAUUCACGGGGACUGAAGAAAUCCGCAAAUGCAGAGACAACGCGUGGGCCUCGUUCAAUGCACGAAGACACGUUGUCUUGAGAGUGUACUCAUUCGAUAGUGCCGCAACUGACUUACUCUUCAUCGCUUGGGUCGCGAUGGAUCUCAAAAAUGGUGAACACGUCGAGUGUGAAUUUGUAGGUCGUCUAGGAUUCGAAGGCACGGAAGGUCCUAACCCGAAGAUUAAAUCAUACGGAAUUUGGGCGGAUUCUUCUGUAUUAGUUAAAGCACUAAACAAGAAAUAA